GCGUUUAAAACACAACCGAGAUAGUCUGUCUUGGAUGUGACUAGGAUCCUUUCUCUGUUCCAUGUCGGCCAGGCUGGGCGCAAUAAGCCACGUGUUCCGAUACGAAGUGCUGAUUACCCGACUCGAACCAUAACUCCGCAGGUAAAACCUGCGCUGGACGAUACAUCAACACCAUGGGAUUCGUCAAAGUGGUAAAAAACAAGGCUUACUUCAAGAGGUUUCAAGUGAAGUUCAAGCGAAGGCGAGAGGGUAAGACCGACUACUACGCCCGCCGAAGGCUCGUCGUUCAAGACAAAAACAAGUACAACACUCCGAAGUACCGCAUGAUCGUUCGCAUCACCAACCGCGACAUCAUCUGCCAGGUCGCAUACGCCAGGAUCGAGGGAGACGUGAUCGUGUGCGCAGCGUACGCUCACGAGCUUCCUCGCUACGGUGUCAAGCUAGGCCUAACCAACUAUGCGGCCGCCUACUGUACCGGUUUGCUGCUCGCCCGUCGCAUGCUGCAGAAGUUCAAGCUCGACGAGAUCUACAAGGGCCAGGAGGAGGCCAACGGCGAGGACUACUGCGUGGAGAGCAUCGACGGCCAGCCGGGCGCCUUCCGCUGCUUCCUCGACGUCGGCCUGGCCCGUACCACCACGGGGGCCCGCAUCUUCGGCGCCCUCAAGGGAGCCGUCGACGGAGGCAUGGACAUCCCGCACAGCAACAAGCGGUUCCCGGGCUACGACAACGAGUCCAAGGAGUUCAACGCGGAGGUGCACCGCAAGCACAUUUACGGCCAGCACAUUGCCGAGUACAUGAAGGUGCUCUUGGACGACGACGAAGAGGCCUACAAGCGCCAGUUCUCCCGCUACAACAAGCUGGGCGUCACCGCGGACGAGAUCGAGGAGAUCUACAAAAAGGCCCACGCCGCGAUCCGCAAGGACCCGGCGCACAGGGCCAAGGGGGUGCGUCCAGGCGUGGUCAAGAAGAGGUGGACCCGCAUGAAGAUGACCCUGUCCGAGCGCCGCAACAGGAUCGCCCAGAAGAAGGCUUCGUACAUCAAGAAGCUGGAGGCUGGGGCCGACUAGACCGGCGAGAACGGCGAAUAAAAGCUGCCAUGUUCA